AUGGUCGCUUCCUCCUUCAUCAUUGCUGCCAGCAGCAUCUUCGCCCUUUCUUUCGGCGCCCCCGUAACCCGUAGCCAAGCUAUUCGCUCCCUGGUGGAGCGUGGUACUUAUGCGGUCUUUGGCGGUGACGGUUCGACAACUGCCGGAUGGCCCAAGCAGAGCGACUGGAAGACCCUCGAUAAACUGUGGACCGCCAACCUCGAUACGCUCAAAUCGUCUUGCACUCAGUUCGGUGGUGUAGCCAACAAUGGGCCAGAAGAGCUCACUGCUAUCCGGAAAGGUCUUGAAUCCACGUCCCAGAAGUCUGGCGUGCCGGCCGAGUUCCUGUUCGCCGUCAUGAUGCAAGAGUCUAAGGGCUGUGUCCGCGCCCCAACCACGAACUAUGGCGUCCGCAACCCAGGUCUUAUGCAGGAUCACGAUGGCAAGGCAACCUGCAACGAAGGCGGCGUCCAAAAUCCCUGCCCAGCCACGACCAUCACCCAGAUGAUCGAGGAGGGCGCCGGUAUCGGGAACGACUUCGGUUUGAAACAGACCAUCGAAUUGUCCAAGGCCUCCGAUGACAGCAAAUACUACAAGGCUGCUCGCAUCUACAACUCUGGCUCUAUUGCUGCCUCUGGAAAUUUGGGCGAUGGUAUCGCUACUCACUGCUAUGCCUCUGACAUCGCCAACCGUCUGCUCGGCUGGGCUGAUGAUGAUAGUGGCUGCGUAGAGGCCACUAUUGGCUCCCUUACUAGCUCCCAGAGCUUCACCAGUGGCGGCGGCGGCGAUUCCAACAACACUCCUACUCCUACCACCACCCCAACUCCCGUUCCUUCUUCCACCGGUGACGCCCCUAAACCCACUAUCUCCCUUGUCGGCCAUCAAGAAGGCAACGGUAACGGCGCAACUGUCGGCGAAGCCAACCCAUCCGCUCCCAAGGCUGCCGGCGUCUCCACUUCCUGCAAGGGCUACUACACUGUCAAGUCUGGCGACACUUGCUCCUCUGUCGAGUCAGCCAUGGGCAUCGCUUCCGGAACCCUCAACAAGCUCAAUGGCGGCCUCAGCGCUGACUGCACGAACCUGUGGCUCGGCUAUGCCUACUGCGUCUCUGCGUAA